AUGAAAAGAUACAUCUACUGGAUUAUUACCUUCUUUAUUUCUACCACGUCAGCUGGGUUUAAAGAGUUACCUAGUUCUAGUGGUAUUUUCCCUUCGCAAGCUUUUGAUGCUUUAAACUGGCAGAGCGAGUAUCUAUCUCAAGAGGCAUCAACUAUGAUCGUCCCGGACACCACCUACUGGGAGAACAGUCUUGGUGCAAUAAUAAGUGGAGCUGAAAAAUACUUUCUUUAUUUGUAUAAUCAGGAUCCAAAUAUUGACAUUGCAAAGGACGUUUUCCAGCAUUGCGGACAUUUGGAGUCAUUGAGCAAUCAAAUGACACAUGGUUUAGAUGGAGCCGAAUGGGAGCCUGUGAGACAGCAAGUUAAGCAGCUGUUUGAAAAGUUGUCGCAAAAAGUCCGCCUUGAUUUUAAGCAGCUGGCAGCCGAGGAUCCCAAGUUCCAAGCCAGGAAGCUUGUCAAAAGAUUAUCUCAACUGACCAAAACAGUAGAGGAAAUACGUAAUCUCAUUGACGCUAAGUUUGAGCCUCUUGAGGAAAACUUCCUGCCGGAGCUAUCAAAAAUCGGGCAUCACAUAGAUGACAUUACGAUCGGAAGAUUGAUUGGAGAAGGAAUAGCUAAAAAGAUCGAACAAACGGUGGUCGGCGGUGAUAUUUACGCGGCAGUCGGUCAAGUUGCUGAUAUAUUCGCAGACUUUGGUACGCUCUUAACUGCAUAUGCUACUGGAAUAGCAAUAUGUGCAUCUGGAGCGGCUGUACUUCUCUGUGGAGUAUCUGUCUUAGCCUGCGUAGGAGGCACAGUAGUAUAUGUUUUUCGUGUCGUCGAGCGAUUGCAAAAAGUAUAUGAGGCAUUUUGA